GCUUCUCUAGCAUGACCAUCGGGGAGAAGGCGAUUCUGAAGUGCCGCGCCGACUAUGCCUAUGGGGACAGCCCCCCGGGCAGCGGCGUGAUUAAGCCGGGAGACACCUUGCUGUUUGACGUCGAGCUGCUGGGCUUUCACGAGAAGGCCAAGGAGAAGUGGGAGAUGUCCGCCGCAGAGCUCAUGGAAGAGGCCAUGAAGAUCAAGGAGGAAGGGACGGCGCUUUUCAAGGAGAAGCGAUUCUUCGAGGCCACGGAGCGUUACGUCGCAGCGGCGGAUAACGCCUCCGCCGUGCCCGAGAAGACUGACCCGGGGGGCGAGGAAGAGGCGGCCGCCGUUGCUCUGGAGCUGUCGUGCUUCCUGAACGCGGCCCAAGCCUGCCUGAACGGCAAGGAGUGGGGCGACGCCAUCGCGCACGCCACCUCCGCGCUAGGCAAGGACCCCGAUAACGUCAAGGCGCUCUACCGCAGAGGGGUCGCCAGGAGACACACCGGCAUGGUGGAUGAGAGCAAGAGCGACCUCAUGGCGGCCUACAAGCUUGACCCCAACAACAAGGCAGUCAGGAAGGAACUUCAACUGCUCAAGGCAAGUGCCAUGGAACAAGGCUACUCCUUGUCUCGCUCACUCCGUACGAUACACGCUGCGAUGAAGGAGUCUAAGGAGAAGGCGAAGUCAGUGUUCGGCGGUCUGUUCGGCAAGGUCAGCAUGUACGACGACAAGGAAGGGGUGGUGGUCUUCGACGGCACCAACCCCAAGUGCUUCUUCGACGUCACGGUGGGAGACAAGGAGCCUCAGCGCAUCUCGUUCGAGCUAUACGCGAACACAUGCCCGAAGACGAGCGCAAACUUCCUCCACCUGUGUAAGGGCGACAAGGGAACCACCCCCGAUGGCGUCCCGUUGCACUACAAGGGCAGCAAAUUCCACCGCGUCAUCAAGAACUUCAUGCUUCAGGUGGGAAAAGGAAGAGGGGUCACACAAACCUGCUUCGAUCUCCGAAGCCCUCGACAUGUCACGUCUGUGUGCGGCGACUUCACCGCCGGCGACGGCACGGGGGGCUGCAGCAUCUACGGCGAGAAAUUCAAGGACGAGAACUUCCAGCUCAAGCACACGGAGCCCGGGUUGCUGUCCAUGGCAAACGCCGGCCCCAACACCAACGGCUCUCAGGUGUUCAUCACGUGCCGUGACACGCCCCACCUUGACGGCAAGCACGUGGUUUUCGGCAAGGUUCUGUCAGGCAUGGAGGUCGUGAAGGAGAUCGAGAACGUCGCGACCACCGCCGACAAGCCGAACGAUGACGUCGUCAUCGUAGAUUGCGGAGAGCUGGUGGAAGAGGAAGCUCCAGCAGAUGAGGCCCCUGCCUACGACGAAGCCAUGAAGGCAGAAACGCCUGAAACCGAGAACUAAUUAGUGAAAUUGACCCGGAAAACGCCGCGGAACAUGCUGUAACUCUCCCCCGGACGAUUUGUUUGUAACCAGCUUGCCCUACCGGAGCGAGGCUGGCGAUAUUACCCAACAGCUUGCUUUUUGCUCGAGGUAAUCGUGCUGUGAACAUCUAUCGUUGGGAUUCAGCGCCCCUCUCCCGCGUCGAGGGCGCGUCGAGCCGGGGUAGGGUUCUCGUCGGGCGGUACCGUAUGCCGCGAAACGGGCAUGUUUCUUUCUGCAUACGAUGGUGACGUGUAGCAGGUUUGCGCCCCCCUGGUGACAAUAAUUCGGCCUCUCCCAACAAGCGCCCGGGCAGGUGUUUGUUGGAAGGGGUCGGGUGUCUGUCACUUUCCUCGAUUUCCAUUUGUAUUGCUAUAUGAGCUUUCAAAGUGAGCUUCAAGCUCGGCGGGGAUGGUGCCUAUCGUGGCAUGACCCCCCACCAUUACCUACGAUUUACACCGUGGUGUGGAUAUUGUUUUCUUCGCACUUUUUUUUAUUUCAUGAGGAGGGAUUACAUUUCUUUUCGUGUUGUUUGGCGGGUGCACAUGUAGCAUUGGGCUCUGCGCGGAUUGACACUUGGGUGCUACGGCUACAUGUACCGCUACUCCAUUGGGGUGCUGUGGUUGGUUUUAGGCGUGGGUGGGUGGAAGCGUGUAGUGUUGGGUGUUGAUGUUACAUGGCACGCUUCCACAUGGAUGGCCACGAGCCUCUUGUUGGAGGCAGUUUUGUAAUCCAGAGAGAAACUACAAGUUGGAGGGGCGGGAGGCGCUGUUUUUCAGCGCGCCCGGAAGGGGGCGUCUUCCCUCUCCCUUUUUUUUUGGGAUUGUGCACGUUUCACUGAUUGAUCAGUGGACAUUUAGUAGAAAAAGGGUGGAAAUGUCUGUGCCGCACGCUGAGAGGGGCACGUCAUGAACCGUUUGCUCCGUGUCUAAGAUGUUCGGCGGGACAGGGUGAUGUUUUCCAAGUUGCAU